AUGGAGAGCGAUGCGAUCGACGAUCGUAUACCUCUAUGUCGUGUUUCUGGCGGUGGUCUCGAUCCUAAGAAGAACUGGUAUGUUAUUACUAAAGACUUGUGUGGUUCUCGUCCAACUGAUUUUUCAAAGAAUGAUAUUUUCAAAGCAUUCAAAGAAGAAACAUGCAAUGUCCCUGCGCGGGAACUUCGAGUCGAAUCUGGUAGAUGGCCUUUCACCAAAGAUCCGAGUCAUGGAGUUCAAGUUGCUUCGACUUUUGGCAUUUGUGCUGGAAUACUGCGCCAACGAGACAUCCGAGGGAAUAAAUUCCUCAAUUCCUCUGGAUUUUCUAAGGUUUUUGAGGCAAUUAACUCAAUCGAACUUAAUGAUGAUUUUGGCGCCAUUUUAUCAUGUAAUUCAAAUAGCUGCAACACUACUUCUGUGAAUGAUUCUGGCUAUCAAAGUGACAAUUUAACUAACGAAGUUGAUGCCAUUAAAAAAGCAAAGGACAGCCUGUUGGGCCCAACUCUUAAAAAGAGAAAAAUAGCCACUCACUGUACUAAAGUCAUGGCAGAUCUGUCUGGCAUCAGUGAAAAAUACCAUGAAUCUCUGGCAUGUGUUAUGGGCAAUAGCUUUUUGUAUGGUGGAGAAGAAGAAAAGGAGGCUGUCAGCAAUAUCAUUUCUGAGGUUUUAGAUAUUGUGAUGGAUGAAAGAGGGCCAAAGACAGGGAUUUCUGAUCUUCUUCACGUGGAUACCUAUAAUUCAAUUUUAAAAACUAUGAGGGUUCCAGACUGGGUAUUACUUUACUUCAAAUUGCAAGCUCGAAUACCAGAUAAAGCUUGGCAAACACUGUUGAAUUUAACGCAGUUGGGCAGGAGUGGACGAGCAGCUGAUACACCAAUUCUAMUGACCAAAAACCAAAUAACAUCAAUUAAGAAGUUGGUUUUUAAAGUCAUCCGACAGUCUUUUAACAUCAAAAGCAUUGAUGCAGACUAUGCUGGAUGUUGUGUGGGACUAGCUUCUGUGAUCACUUGGGCUAUCAGAGAACAACGACUUUACUCCCCAGACAUGACAAAUUGUGAAUUCAACAUAAAAAUGGAUGGCCGACCACUUGGGGGACGUGACCAAGUUGCUAUUGGAAUUGUCCCUAUUGAUUUUGAUAAUAAAAGUCCUGAAAGUGCAUUGUCUGUGUACCCCAUUGCCAUAGGAAACUGUAAAGAAGAAAGGAAAUAUCUGAUUCAGUUGAUUGAUCGGCUUAAUAAAGAGAAGAAUGUAAUAAAAAGGCACGGCAUUGUUGUUGAUGGGAAGAAGUACACUGUUAAGUUCACAGUCACCCUGGAUUAUAAAGCAUUGCUUUUACUGCUGCCAAAAAAAAUGAUGACAAUUUCACUCUUGGAGGGAAAGGAUAUGGUGUAGAAUUCUGUGCUUU